AGAAGCAUCACACGCGAAAAGCCGCAACACAGCGAGUACUCGUGGCUGCGUUAUGUUGCCGCUGUUGGCUACUUUCUUCCUUCAGUAGAGAGAAGAGCCUGUUCCAGUGAACAUCGUGAUCGAAGUUUUCGUUGCGUGUCUUGUUAUCGUUGGCCCUGAUAUGAUGAGAUUCUAGGAAUAGCGGUUUGUGACUUCUUCUGCACUGUUGUUUUCAAGUGUGUAUGUGUGAGUGUGCGUAUGUGUGUAUCUUUUUUGGACCAACAAACCGCUGACUCGACUCGAAGAAGUCGUGUGCGCGAGUGGAGCGAAGAAAAGAAGACACCAUCCUUUUUUGUGAUGAUUCCCCUUUGUGUUUGAUUUGGGGAAAGAAAAGGGAUUACCGUGUUUUACAAUCCCCGGUUAGAGGUGGCGUAAGGAGAUAAAUAAUUUCAGUGGCCCUGUUUCGCGGAGAAGAACACUACUAUUGCUUUGGUUGUUGGGAUAAUUUGGCAUAUUGAAAAUCGCCGUGUAAAUUGCGUACUGUCGGAAGGAUAUCUUUUUUUGCUGGAGCGCGCAUGUGUUAGUGCGGCUGAUUGGAUCGGCCGUGUCGUGGUGCAGUUGAGGGAGGGUGCGGUGAAAAUAAAUUUCGGGGUGGAAAAAGUUUCGAUUUUCCUGCCCUCACUCCUGACGGUGGAUGACGACGACCAAUGUUGGUCGGGACGAGCCGAAUCGUCGAAUAAUGAAAAUUCUUUAAACAGGAAGGAAGUUUUGUGCGCGUUUGGAAAAAAGGGGUCGUUCUGUUGGCUUUGUUGUUUUUCGUUGUCUACCCAAAGUGAAUAGAAUUGGUUGAAGAUUUUGUUGCCAUAGUUUGUGAUGAUAUAAAUUAUUGCUAAAGUUGAGUGGUAUUAUUACUAGUUUGAAGGCAGAAAUAAAUAUAAGUGUGCAAGGUGAGAAUCUCAAAAAAAAAAAGGGAAAAGCAAUUGUGAACGAAGAUUUAUGAGCAAAGUUGGGAUUAAUUAGAAUUUUUCACCGACUUUUAGCACGCCAGUAGGUGUGUGUGUGUGUGUGUGUGUGUGAGAACACGUAUGUUAUUCAUCGUGAGAGGAUAAAACAUUUCUAGCAGGAAGGAUCCGUGAUAGAGCGCACAAACACAAACAGAUCCUUCCCACUCUACAGACAAGCAACAAGACAACGUGUAGCGGAAAACAUCGCCGCCAACUUGGAUAAUGUAUACAGCACAACAAUAUCAAUAAGACCCGUUAACAACAAUAGCCAAAUUGGAUGGUUUCAUCUUAUCGCAACGGAGGCUGAGAAUAACAAAGACUAUAAUCAACCCAUCACGAAUUUCUUUUGAUUAUUGCGAGAUCUAUCAUAGCUAUGGUUUGAGUUCGCCCAUUAGUUCAACGCACUUUUAAUACAUACGAAAAAGAUCACUACAUCACCACUUUCGACACAGUGCCACAUAGAAUAACAUUCCGAAAAUGGCAGUUCAGAGCGACCUCUUAAGAAUAGAUUUGCGCUUUCAUUUUGGCUGCAAUCAUCAACAGCGACAACUUUGCCAUUAGCAAAAAGCCACAAGAGAAACCGUAUUGUGUCGACCCAAAACCAAACCUUUUAUCCUCAUCAUCAUCACCAUCAUUAUUGCUCGGCGUACUAUUCUACAAUCCGCCUUCUUUCCGAGAACUAUCAGCAACUUGAAAUGAAAAAAGUUUCGCUUUCCCGGUAGAGUUUUCAUCUUGAGUCCGAAACACACACAAAAGCGAGCGAAAAAGAAGGAGUGUCAAUGAUGGUGAAUUAAUUAAUCCGCACAAAUAAUUGGUAAUAAGCACACACAGCGAGUUAUCUCCGACUCCCAUCAGACGGGGCGUCCACACGGAAGGUUUCCAAUAUCAGAUUAAUGUUUUAUCAGUGAUCUCAUUCGCACCGCUAUCAUCCACCACCACCACCUUCAUCACCUUCACCAUCUUUGCCUUCCGGCAUCGACCAACAACAGUAGGGCGGUAGAAAACGCAAACAAAAUUAGAGCAAUCGAAAGUUCUGAUCUCAACGAUAUCACAUCGAACAUACGUGACAGAGCACAGCACAACAGCGUUUAAUUUGUACCGAGAUUGACUGCAAUAGGAUUCCAUGUGAGAGUUUGCACUAUCAGUAAAACACUAGGAACGGAACGCACAUAUCCGAUCCCUUACGAGAGAAAGGAGAGAAAAAACACUAGCCCCACAUCGCGAAUCGUUCGACUGGAUUGAGUCGACGGUAGUUUCGCGUGUUUUAAAAAUGGGUAACAAAUGCUGCAGCAAACGCCAGGAUCAAGAGCUAGCCCUGAGCUACCCGGGCGGUUACAAGAAGGGCGAGAACUCGUUCAGCUCGAACAUAUCCGGUCCGAAGCACACCAACGGUGGCGGUGGAUCGCUAGAUUCACGAUACACCCCGGACCCGAACCGGGGCCAGUUGAUCAAACAUCCAAAGGGCGGGGUGGACAUCAUCCGACCCCGGACGACGCAACUUCUCCCUGGCCACAACACUCGACGGAUAGUGGUCGCCUUGUACAACUACAAUGCCCGCGAGGAAACCGACGUCAGCUUCGUCAAGGGUGACCGGAUGGAGGUGCUGGACGACACCGAAUCGGACUGGUGGCGCGUUGUGCAUCUCAAGACCCGCCAGGAGGGUCUCAUCCCGUGGAAUUUUGUCGCCGAGGAUCGGAGUGUGAAUAGUGAAGACUGGUUCUUUGAGAAUGUAUCCCGGAAGGAAGCCGAUAAGCUGCUACUGGCAGCGGAGAAUCCACGUGGCACUUUCCUGGUGCGUCCGUCCGAGCACAAUCCCAACGGUUUCUCGCUCUCGGUCAAGGACUGGGAGGAAAGCCGAGGGUACCACGUGAAGCACUACAAAAUUAAGCCUCUAGACAACGGUGGCUACUACAUUGCAACGAAUCAGACGUUUCCCUCGCUGCCUGCGCUAGUAAUGGCGUACUCAAAGAAUGCCCUCGGGUUGUGUCAUGUACUGUCUAGUCCAUGUCCGAAGCCACAGCCCCAGGUAUGGGACCUUGGUCCCGAGCUGCGCGACAAGUGGGAAAUAAAUCGAAACGAAAUUCAGCUGAUUCGCAAACUUGGACACGGCAACUUUGGAGAGGUGUAUUACGGCAAGUGGCGUAACAACAUCGAAGUUGCUGUGAAGACCCUUCGCGAGGGUACCAUGUCGACACAAGCCUUCCUACAAGAGGCAGCUAUCAUGAAGAAAUUCCGUCACAGUAGACUAGUCGCACUGUAUGCCGUCUGUUCAAAAGAAGAACCGAUUUAUAUCGUCCAGGAGUAUAUGUCGAAGGGUAGUUUAUUAGACUACCUGAGGACGGGUGAUGGUCAGUUCCUCCAGUUUGAGGAUCUGAUUUAUAUUGCCGCCCAAGUAGCCUCUGGUAUGGAGUACCUGGAACUGAAGCUGUUGAUACACAGGGAUUUGGCCGCCAGGAACGUACUGAUAGGGGAAAACAACGUCGCUAAGAUCUGUGAUUUCGGCCUGGCCCGGGUGAUAGCGGACGAUGAAUACUGUCCGAAGCAGGGCUCACGCUUCCCGGUCAAAUGGACCGCACCGGAGGCGAUCGUGUACGGCAAGUUCUCCAUCAAAUCGGACGUCUGGUCGUACGGUAUCCUCUUGAUGGAGCUGUUCACCUAUGGCCAGGUACCGUACCCUGGUAUGCACAGCCGUGAGGUAAUCGAACAGAUCGAACGGGGCUACCGAAUGCCAAAGCCAACGAAUCAUCACCUGCCGGACGACAUCUACAGCCUGAUGCUAAAAUGCUGGGAUGCGAUACCGGAAAAACGUCCGACGUUCGAGUUCUUGAAUCACUACUUCCAGAACUUUACCGUCACCUCGGAGGUGCCCUAUCGAGAGGUGCAAGACUAAGGCGGCUAACGAAGUGCUGUGUACGCGAGAAUGAGUCUGAACAAAGAUUUAUUUCCUUUUUCUUUCGGGUAGGUUCUACGCCAGUAAGCUUAAUCAUACACACACCCUCAUAUAUACAAAGAGAUCAAAACAUACCCACACACAGAGACUAAGCAAAACACGCGCGCAUACACCAACAUCUCUUUACGUUACAAGUACCCGUAAUUAUAACGAAAAA